AUGGACGAACAUGGAGAUCUACAAGAGAUCCAGCCUCAAGGCCAAAGGAAGUUCUUCAUCCAAAUGUCGGGCGCGCCAGGCUCCGGGAAGAGCACCCUGGCGAAUCAACUGCGACAACCUCUCGGAGCGGUGGUAAUCGAUCACGACAUCGUCAAAUCAACGCUCCUUGCCGACGACAAUGUUUCGUUCAACCAGGCUGCGAAACUGGCUUACAACUUGGGCUGGGCGCUUGCCGGGUCCAUGAUGAGGCAAGAAUUUAGUGUUAUCAUGGACAGCGUCUGCAAUUACGAGGAGACGCUGGCCCAGGGACUCAAGCUAGCUAGGCUCUAUGGGUUUGAGUAUUGGUACAUCGAGUGCCAGGCCGGUGAUAUGGAUCUGCUCGACGAGCGGCUGCGCAAGAGGACACCGUUGAGAAGCCAGCGGACAAGUGUCGACCGCCCACCAGUGGAUGCCGUUGCUUCUCAAGCUGAAGGUGAAGAAGACUCCCGUGCUUUGUUUAGGAGGUUUAUCGAUAAUCCAUGCCGGCUGGGAGAAGAUGAGAGGGUGGGCAUUGUUGUCGUGGACUCCACUGAAAGUUCUGAGGAACGGCGAGAUUACAUCCUGGAGCGAAUGUCUCUUGACACUGACCAAAGGCAGCACACCGCAAUGCCAGGAUCGAAGGACGAGAGAUGUCAUUGA